UAUGUAUUUUUAGUGUUCCCGGGGGUUCCUGGAUUGCAUCAUGCUUUAGUUGGUGUCUGUUUCAAUUUGCGUCCAGGAUUCUCUUUCAAAAUAGACAUGCUUUGUGAUUUCAAUGCGCUAGACAGCUUGGAAAACGCUAGGCAUCAGUGGUCUUACAUAAAGACACAAGAACUCUAAGGCAAACCACCAGAAUGCUUCAACUAGCUGGUGAAGGAAGUGUCAGAAGGCCUGGACCGUGGAAAGAGAUCUCUUUUGGGGAUUAUAUUUGUCACACAUUUCAGGGAGACUGCUGGGCUGACCGGUCGCCACUCCACGACGCUGCAGCCCAGGGACGCUUGCUGGCUCUUAAAACUUUAAUUGCACAAGGAAUCAACGUGAAUCUUGUGACAAUUAACCGGGUCUCCUCUCUCCAUGAGGCAUGCCUUGGGGGUCAUGUGGCCUGCGCUAAGGCCUUGCUGGAAAAUGGUGCACAUGUCAAUGGACUGACAGUUCACGGGGCCACGCCACUCUUCAACGCCUGCUGCAGUGGCAGUGCAGCCUGUGUCAGCGUGCUAUUGGAGUUUGGAGCCAAGGUGCAGAUGGAGGUCUACCUGGCUUCACCUAUCCAUGAAGCGGUGAAGAGAGGUCACAGAGAGUGCAUGGAGAUUCUGCUGGCGAAUAAUGUCAACAUUGACCAAGAGCUUCCUCAGCUGGGAACUCCUCUGUAUGUAGCCUGUACCUACGAGAGAGUUGACUGUGUGAAGAAGCUUCUAGAACUAGGAGCCAGUGUUGACCACGGCUGGUGGCUGGAUACCCCACUGCAUGCUGCAGCGAGGCAGUCCAGUGUGGAGGUCAUCAACCUGCUCACUGAGUACGGGGCUAACCUGAGACUCAGAAACUCGCAGGGCAAAAGUGCCCUUGAUCUUGCUGCUCCCAAAAGCAGUGUGGAGCAGGCGCUCCUGCUCCAUGAAGAUCCACCUGCUCUUUCUCAGCUCUGCCGCCUGUGUGUCCGGAAGUGCUUGGGCCGUGCAUGUCAUCAAGCCAUCUGCCAGCUAGGGCUUCCAGAGCCACUGGAAAAAUUCCUCUUGUACCAGUAGUUGGGAAUGUGUAGGUUGUUGCCUGCUGUAGUGGACACACUCCGUGGCUUGACUCACUAUCCUAAAAAUCAGCUCACCCAUUUAGAGUAACUCUUCUAUAAAUCCAAACACUUGGGGUGAGCAAACUCCUGGUUAGAUUAAUGGUUGUCAAGAGGCAUCCAGAAAUCUUUUAGUUUUUAACUCUUGUUAAUCAACUUAAAACUAAAAUGGGGGAAAAUAAAAGGCUAUUUUCAGAUGAUUCAGGACCCUCGAGCAUCUGGGGCUGUGUUCAGCAUUCUGCAUAUUGCAUAUACGCAGGUAGAUAUGAUUAAAGUAAAUGUUAAGCACUUAAGAAAUGUUCUUGAUUUAGUCCCUCUCCCAAUAUAUUAUGUUAGUUUGUUGUUUUCCUAAAAUAAAUGUCUGCAAUGAU